AUGGUUUUGCCAUCAUGUACCACCUAUGGAGGCAACGCAAUACGGCCCGUUUGGGAGUUCAAGCUGGGGAUCCCUCGUCGCGUGCAUGCAAUUGCCACGGCAGCUCUUGAUGCGUGGCGUGCGGCGGUUGUCCCUCCGGCGCGGCAGCAUGGUACGGUGGCAGCAGCGGGAGACGCAGGGCAGGUUGCAGCCGGGAGCGCUGCACGGACUGAGGAACGCUUGCGGUGUUCCUUUGAUGCGGGUUAUGUGGCCGCAUCUGGGAUGGGUGUUUUUGGCCUCAUUUUGCAGCGUGCGGACGGUGGUUUCGUUGCAGCCAAGAACGGUCCUCUACCAACCUGCCAAAGUCCUUUCAUGGCGGAAGCAUUCGCAUGCAAGGAGACCCUUUCCUGGCUCAUAGAUCGUGGUGUAACGGAGGUUGUCCUACGGACGGAUUGCUCAAAUCUUUGUCACGCCCUUACUACUACAGCGACGGAGUUUCGCUCCUAUGAUGGUGUAGUUGUUUCAGCAUGUCGGGACUUGCUUAGUUAG